GGUUCACAUUUUUUUUUUUUUUUUUGUAAUAUCAGCUGUGUCUAUAACGAUAACAUGGCACAAACUAAUGAAUUUAAAAUUAACUUUUCAUCAGCAACAUCAACGUACGAGGAAGCUAUUUUGGCCUUGACAAAAUUGCAAGGCAAUACUGAUGAUAAUUUACUUACAGCAUUAGAAGACAGUAAAAAAUAUUUAAUCAGAACUGGUAUAAGCUUGGAUGACUUGAAUAGAGUUCCAAUAAUUCACAUUGCUGGUACAAAAGGAAAAGGUUCAACGUGUGCUUAUUUAGAAUCAAUUAUUCGUAAUCAUGGUUUUAAAACAGCUUUCUAUACAUCACCACAUCUUGUUCGCGUUCGUGAAAGAAUAAAAAUUAAUGGCAAGUCUAUUGAUGAGGAACAAUUUGUCAAUAAAUUUUUUCAUGUUUAUAAUAUCCUUGAGAAUUUGAAAGAAAAUGAAUUUGAUAUGCCAUCACGAUUGACAUUCAUGACUGUACUGGCAUUUCAUGUGAUAUUAGCAGCAGACAUUGACAUGGCAAUUGUAGAAGUUGGAACUGGAGGUGAGUAUGAUUCGACCAACAUUAUCCAGCAACCAGUAUGUGUUGGUAUAACAUUAUUAGAGAUGGAUCAUAUGGAAGUUCUUGGUGAUGAUUUAUCCAGCCUUGCUUGGCAUAAAGCUGGAAUUUUUAAAGCUAAUGUUCCAGCUUACACUGUUAAUCAAUCUCCCGAGGCAUUUGAUAUUUUACGUCAACGAUCAAUUGAAAAAAAUUGUAGUCUAACAACUGUUUCAGUUGAUAAAUUAAAAAUACUUAACACGUAUCCACCAAAACUUGGAAUUGAUAGUGAUGUGCAAUUUAAAAAUGCUGCUUUGGCUGUUCAAUUAGCCGAGACAUUUAUUAAAAAAUUUAAAUACAAUAAUAACCAGAAAAUUGAUUUUGAUAAAAAUAUUGUCGAGGAAGCUUUGAAAAAUACUAAAUGGCCAGGGCGAACUCAAAUAAUUCAUGGUAAAUAUUUAGAUAUUUAUUUGGAUGCUGCUGCUACUCAUUUUGCCAUGAAAAAUUGUAUUGAUUGGUUUAAAAAAUCAAUUACAAAAAAUACAAAUAAUGUUAAAAAAAUUUUAAUAUAUAAUUCAAUACGUGAAGAAUGUUUUUAUCGGGAUAAUUUUAAUGAUUUAAAAAAUGUUAAUUUUGAUAUUGUUUAUUUUGUUCCAAAUGUUGGUAAAAUAAAUUGUCUAGAUCUUCAAAAUACUAAUCUUGAAUUUGAUGAACAAAUGAAAUACUGUGAAUCAUUUAAGGAAGCUUGGACGUAUUGUCCUGCUAUUAUCAAAGAAUCAAUUGCUCAAGCACUUCAACAAAUAAUUUCAGAUAAUAAAAAAAAUAAUACCAAACCAGUAGUACUAAUUACUGGAACUUUAUAUCUCAUGGGAACUGCUUUGGCUGUUUUAGAUGAAAAUUUUGCUACAAACAAGAACGAUGUUAUUGAUUUUUAAUUAUUUUUAAAUAAAUAAAUAAAACAUAUGCAUACAACUA